AUGGGGUUUGUUUCAAACAUUAAAAAUAGGAUAAAGCCAACUGAUCAACCUUUGGAAUCUAGUUCAACAGAUGAUGAUAAUAUUCCACAUAAAUUUGAUGAAUUAAAUGAAUAUAAUGAAAAAUAUCCAGAACCUACAACUGAAGAUUAUGCAACUUUACCCAAAAAAAUAGGUCAUGCUCCUUAUAAAGCAUAUUUGAUUUGUCUUAUUGAAUUUGCUGAAAGAGCUUCUUAUUAUGGUAUAAAAGGUCGUUUAAACAAUUUUGUUCAAUUACCUUUACCAACGGGAGGUAAUGGUAGUGGUGCACCUCCAAAAGGUACUCAAAAAAAUGCAGGUGCUUUAGGUCUUGGUUUAAGACCCGCUUCAGCUGUUACUUUAUUAUUAACAUUCUUAGCUUAUUUAACUCCAUUAUAUGGUGGUUAUAUAUCUGAUAAGAAAUAUGGUAGAGUUAAAACCAUUUGGAUUGGUGUUUGGAUUGGUGCUAUUUCUCAUAUUAUUUUAAUUGUUGCAGCUAUCCCAUCAGUUAUUAAAAGUGGUGCUGCUUUGGCUCCAACAAUCAUUUCUAUUUUAACUUUGGCUCUUGGUACUGGAUUUAUCAAACCAAACUUAUUACCGUUAUUAUGUGAUCAAUAUGAACAUAAAAGAGAUGUUGUUAAGACUAAAGAAGAUGGUGAAAGAAUAAUUGAGCUAAGAGAACCAACAAUAUCAAGAUUGACGUUAGUUUUUUAUUGGACAAUCAAUGUGGGUGCAUUUUUAAGUUUAGCUACAUCUUAUUGUGCCAAAUUAGUUGGGUUUUGGUUAGCUUAUUUAAUUCCAUGUAUUAUUUAUUUUAUUAUGGUUCCUGUUUUAUUAAUAUUGGCUCCAAAAUUGAAAAAGGAAACACCAAAUGGAUUAUCAAUUGUGGAAGAAAGUUUUAAAGUUAUUAAAUAUGCAUUGAAAAAUGGAUGGAUUAAAAGAUUAAGAUCUGGUGAAUUUUGGGAAUAUGCUAAACCAUCAAACAUCGUAUCAAGAGGUGAUGUUCAAUCCGUUGAAGCUAUUGAUAAAAGCGGGAGAAAGCAUAUCUCAUGGAAUGAUCAAUUUGUUAAUGAUGUUUGGACCACAGUUGAUGCUUGUAAGAUUUUUUUAUUUUUCAUAAUUUAUAACAUUACAGAUGGUGGUGUUGGUGGUAUUGAAAAUUCACAAGCCAAUUCAUUAACUACAAACGGUGUUCCAAAUGAUUUGAUUAGUAAUUUCAAUCCUUUAACUAUUAUUGUUUUCAUUCCAUUCUUAGAUUAUGUUGUUUAUCCAACUUUAAGAAAAUAUAAUAUUGAAUUCAGACCAGUUUAUAGAAUGUUUACGGGUUUUAUUAUUGCAUCAACUUCUCAAGUUGCAGGUGCAAUUAUUCAAUGGAAAGUUUAUAAAACUUCACCAUGUGGUUAUUAUGCAACAGAUUGUGAUAUCGGUACUGGUGUUUCACCAAUUUCUGUUUGGGUUGAAGUUGUUUUAUACAUUUUAGGUGCAACAUCUGAAUGUUUUGCAAUGACAGCAGCUUAUGAAAUUGCUUAUACAAGAGCACCAGAACAUAUGAAAGGUUUGGUUAUGGCUAUUUUCUUAUUCAUGCAAUCUAUUUCAGCUGCUGUUUCUACAGCUGCUACAUCAGCAUUAAUUGACCCUUAUUUAAUUUGGCCAUUUGUUGCCUGUGCUAUUGCUGGUUUUAUUUCUGCAUCUUUUUUCUUAUAUUCAUAUAAAGAUUUACAUAUUGUUAUGUAA